CUCAGCCCCGGCCCUGCGCGGCUGCUCCGCGGCUCCUCCGCAGCCAUGGCGAGCCUGUACAGCCCCUCCGCCACCUCGGUGCUGGCCGAGCUGGAAUGGGAGCCAACCUACGCCAUCCCUGUGGCCAACGCCGAGAACAAGGCGCUGGAGGAAGAACUGCGGAAGAUGCUAAAGGAAAAAGAGGAACUGCAAAAUGAGGUGACCAACUUUGAGGAGCGCAUAGAAGCAAUGACGUCUUAUUUGAAAAAUGUGAGACAGGAGAUAAACUUCUCUCAGUCUCUUUACAAAGCCAAAGAGAGUGAAAUUGAAACUGAACAUCACUUUAAAGCCCUUGCUGAGAGAGAAUAUGGACGUCUCAAAAGCGACAUUAAACGACUGAAAGAUGAGAUAGCUGCCUUAAGACAAAAGAAAACCAUGCAAGAAAACACUAUAAAUAAAACCAYGAAGAAGCUGAAAAACCUAAAAGAACAGAUGAACUGUGAUGAGGAAGUACUGCAGAGCUGGAUAGAGGAAUUAAAUCGUUCAGAUGAUAAUGCUAAUGCAAUCCAGAAGUAUGCACAGCAAGAUGAAGGGAAACUAGAAGCAUUAACCCUUCAAAUAGAAAAGUUGACCAUGCAAGCAAAUCAGAAGCGCAGAGCUCUGGAUAAUGAGCUUACAGAAACCGUAACAGCUCAGAUGGAGCUUGACAGAACAGCUGAAGAUUUUCGCCGAGUUCACCAAGAGAGGCAAGAAGUCAUCAGGCAGUGGGAGAAUGCAAUUCAACAGAUGCAAAAAAGAGAUCAAGAGAUUGAUCAUUGUGCUUUGCUAAUUGCAGAGGUWAAACAGGAGAUCAGAAACAAAGAACUUCUGCUGAGAGAGAAGACUUCCUUUUUGGUCAAUGAAACUGUUAAUAAUAUGGAAUAUGAAAAGAAAAUCUCUUCUGCUGAGCGGGAAGCAAACAACCUGCGAAAGGAGUAUCAGACUCAGGAUGCUCGCAGGACUGAGCUGCAGGAUGCGCUGCAGGCUUUGAAAUCCAUUGUGAACAGAACUGCUUCUGAUCUGGAGUCUUUGAGAACACAAGUAGCCAAUCUGAAGAAAGAAAUUCAGGCAAAACAAGCCAGAUUAAACCUGCUUAAUGAAAAAAAUGCAGUUCUUUCUGCUAAGCUGAAGCUUGCGAUUGAGGAGACACUCAGUUCAGAAGAGAAAGCCUUGAGGUUGGAAGAAAUAUUGAAAGAAGAAGAAAAAAGUGUCGAGGAAAAAGAAAAUGAAAUGAGACAGUUAAAGGAGCUACUUUUCAAGAAGACUCAAGAGUUAAAAGAGCAGAGGGAUAAGGAGAAGCUUGUUCUGACAGAAAUUGAGGGAGGUCAGAAAUUACUUAAAAAUCUCAAGAGUCGACUGCGCAAACUUGAUGCAGAUCUGUUAAAACAACARGAAUUAAUUUAUGACCAGGAUUUUUAUAUUCAGCAAGUACAGAGACGGCUGUCACGGUUAGAAGGGGAGGUUAAUUCAGAAGAAAAAGAAAUUUUGGAAGGAAAAAUUUCUGAACUUAAGAAAACCUUAGAAGAAAAGAAAAAGACAUAUGAUGUUUUACAGUCACAGUACAGGAAACUUCAGAAUGAUGUCCUAAACAUCAGGAGAACAAUUGAUAAGACAAGAGAAGAAACAAAUGGUAUGAUAGCGAAGAUAGACGAACUAAAUCUUUUCAAUGAGAGAUCACUUGAGGAGUUAAAAAAAGCAAAACACAUUAAGCAGGAGAUGAUGGUUGAGGAUAAUCUCUUAAAACUGGAACUGAAGCGCCUUCGAAAUACUCUGUGUAAUAAAGCAGAGAAAGUUCUGACACUGGAGAAACAACAGYUGGAGUUAAAGAAAGCCAUAGCAGAAAGAAGUGAGGAAAUCAGGAUCCAUAAGGCAAUGCUGGAUUCCCAGAUAAGACUGUUGGAUCAGGAACGGCACCGCAUGAGUGCUGAAUUCCAAGAACGCCUGUGGAAAAUUGAUAAACUGAAAUGCAGAUAUGAAAUUUUUACUCUUUCCAUGAUGCCACCUGAAGGAGAGGAGAUGAAAAGUCAGGCCUACUAUGUAAUUAAGGCUGCACAGGAAAAGGAAGCACUUCAGCAAGAAGGUGAUGAUUUGGAUGCAAAGAUCUCCAAAGCUGAAAAUGAAAUCAUAGCUAUGGAAAACAGCUUGUAUGUACUUAAAAACUGGAACAGAAACUACAGAAACUCUCUCAAGCCAGUCCCUGACACACGCGAUGAUCUUGAGGAAAAACUGAAACUAGAGAAGGAGCAAAGAGAUGCUGAUGAGAAAUACAGAAACAAAAAAAGACAGGUCAAGGAACUUCAGGAAAGUCUCCAGAGCAUGAAACAACGCUUUGAGAUAGUAGAGAGUCAGCACGCCCUCUACGAAGAGCAAAAGAAGGAAAAAGAAGCUGUUAUUUUGCAGCUGAAGAAAGAAAUUGAAGAACAGAAGCCAAAGCUAGAAAGGGUUAUAAAACAGUGUUCCAGACUCUCCAGAGAAAUUCAGUCUGAGAGGAAAAGUGAAACAGAAACACAGGAAGAGAGAGACAUUAAUCUUCGUGAACUGAAAGGUUUCAAUAGAACUAUCAACCAAGUGAUAAUUGAUAUUAUGGAAACAAAUCCUUCUUUAAGUACAGCCUUUCAAAAGUACUUUGAAAAGUUCAAUUUAGAGCUUCCUACAAUUUCUUCUCGCGGUGCCAGUCAAAUGUCUCAAACCCCACAGAGCUCAAUGCCUUCUACCAGAUGCACCAGCAAAUGUUCAGCCAGUAGUCAGGCUUCAAUAGCCAAUGUCGUGGAACUGACCUUGCUUACCCGCACCACUGACAAAGCAGCAGCUCUUGGUUCCCAGCCACACAGCAGAGGCAGCACCCCUGGGGCUUCUAAAGGCAAGAAGUCUUAAGUCACAUCUUUUGAAGGCCCCACUUAGUCGAUACUCCUUCAUUUUUCCAGCUACCCUAUAUCCAUGGAGUUACUUGGAAAACUUSCCAUUGUGUGGUCUGCCAGGCCUUUGCUCCUUCUGUGGUUCUGCCACCCACCUUUGCAGAUCUCCCUGUAAAUACUGUCUUCAGCUACACAACUGCUGCCUCCAAGCAGUAAAGCAAAUACCCACCACAGCACAAAGUUCACACUUGAGUUUACCUAGGCAAUAAACACUGUUGGAAA